CACCAAAACUUAAAUUAGAUUUGUGAUAAAUAUUCGACAUUAUUAUUUCUCUUUGUAUAUUCAAUGUGAUAUAAAACGAGAGAAAGAUCAAUUACAGUGAAAAUAAAAAAAACAAAAACUCUAAAUCAUACGAAUGGAAAUCACUUAAAACAAUUAUUCUCUCAUACAACACAUUGUAUAUAAAUGUUUGUUUGUUUUUAUAAAACAGUAUAUGUUAUUUCUUUCGUGUGUAUGUCUCUUUUUUCUUUCUUUCUUUUUUUCUGUCUCUCUCUCUCUGUAUUUCUCUUGAUUCUUCUUUAUAUGUGUGUUGGUACUUUGAUUUUUCCGUAGAAUGUAUAUUCAAGAAAACAAACAUUCAUAGAGAAAAAAGAAAAAAACAAAAGCAUCUUCAUAUAGCUCAGAAAAAAAACAUUUUUGUUUGUCUUUUUCUUUUAUAUCUUUACCUUAAAAAUCAAGAAUGAACGAUAAAGACUUUUUUGUUUCUUUGUAUUUUAAGAUUAUGCCACCGAAACGAACCGCAAAUAAUGCCGCUUCUGCAGGUGGUCGAAAGAAAGGUGGUGCAGCUUCAUUAUAUGAAUUAGCUGAACCAUUUACAAAUGGAACUAUUCUAACAGAUCUUUGUCGUAAAACUUGGACAAUUGGUAAAACAAUUGGACAAGGUGGUUUCGGUUGUAUAUAUGAAUGUCGUAGUACAUCAUCAAGCACUCCAAUCUAUGUUGUUAAAGUUGAACCAGAUUCAAAUGGUCCACUUUUUUGUGAAAUGCAUUUUUAUUUACAAUUAGGAAAGAAAACUUUACAAGAUACAUUUAUUAAAGCCAAUCAACUUGAUCAUUUAGGUGUACCACAAUUAAUAGCUCAUGGAAUGCAUGAUAGUCUAACAAGUAAACGUCGUUAUCGAUUUUUAGUUAUUCCACGUUAUAAACAAACACUUGCUGAUGAACUUCAAUUAACAAGUACAAAUAUUGGUCAUUGUCUUAAUGAAAAACGUGUACAAGCAAUUGGUAAACAAAUGCUUGAUAUUUUUGAAUAUAUACAUUCACAUGGUUAUGUACAUGCUGAUAUUAAAGCGGAAAAUAUUCUUUUGAAUGAUUCUGUACAUAUUUAUUUACUUGAUUAUGGUCUUAGUCGUAAAGCGUCAUUACAAUAUGAAGAAAAAGUUCAACGAAGACAUGAAGGUACAUUAGAAUUUACUUCAUUAGAUGUACAUCGUGGUGCUGUACCAUCAUUUCGUGGUGAUUUAGAAAUUCUUUUUUAUAAUAUGUUACAUUGGCUUGGUGCAAGUUUACCAUGGAUAAAAUUAACGGAUGGUGCACGUGUUCAACAAGAAAAAAUGACGGCACGUAGUGAUCCAUCAGGUUUUGUUCGAAAUGUAUUUACCAAUAAAAAACCAGUAUCAUCUAAAAUGAUGGAAAGUUUAAUACAAUUUUUUCGUGAAAUUAUUCAAAUGAAUUAUUCGGAUAAAGGUGAUUAUCAACGAUUAAGAGAAAUUAUAAGUGGAAAAGCUCGUCAACGACGUUCAUCAAUUGGUGCUAUUUCAUCAAGAAAACCAGUAGUUCAUGUAGAAAAUGAUGAUGAUGAUAAUGAUGAUGAUGAUGAUGAAGAAGUAAAAGAAAUUGAACAACUACCAAAACGAAAGUCACCACGUCAUCCAGCAGCAACAACAACAACAACAACAAUGUUAUCAACAUCAACAUCAACUACUCGAGCUCGAAGUGUUUCACGUGAUCGUGAUCGAAGAAAAAGUCGAAAUGAAAUACGUUCACCAUCACCACCAAUACAAAUACUUUCUGCACGUACGCCAACAUUCAAACUGAUCGAUGCAUUACCAAAUCCAUCAACCAGAAACAAAGUGUCUCGGUAUGAUAUUGAAGAUGAUGAAAAUGAUAUUGAUAUGAGUACUAUUCGUAAUCCAAAAUUAAGUUCAACACGUAUUGAACGACCAGCUCGAAUUCAUGCACCAAUACCAACACCACCGGCACCGAAAGUAACAAAUGAUUAUUAUAAUAAAAUAGCAAAUCGUAAUACUCAUGAUGCAAUACGUAAUAAACAAUCCAUUCCAACAACAACAACUGUUCGAUCAGAUACUACUCCAAAAGGUGAUAGACCAAAUUCCAAUAUUAUUGACAAGGUACUUGCUGGUAUACCAUUAACAGAUAAAGAAAUUCGUAGUGUUCUUCAUCGACAAAAAUAA